AAAGCUCGUUCCGAGCUCUAUUUGAUUAUCUGUGUUUUGAAUGCCAUGUUUAUAUUUUGUGAAAGUGAAAUUGGGGAUUAACCCUAUUUGUGAAAUCCCGGAUUGUGUGACUAGGAUUACCGGCACCUGAUCAGGAGCACCCAGGGGUUUGGAAUCUCUGUUAUUGCGGGACAACAGGAAAGGGUAAGUCAGUGGCUGAUCAACCAUGAGUUUGAGGAGCAAGACGAAGAAUGUACAUGUUCAAGCCAUAUCAGACCAAGCGGGUUAAGGGUCUAUCAGUGAUGAACUUUUGAAUUCUAUUUUGCCGUUUAGGUCGGCUAGAAAGAAAUGACUUGUAAUAGCGUUUGUAAAUAUUUUUGGGAUCCCAACUAUUUUAAAAGUUUAAAUAUAUUACAAGUUUAUUUUCAUUCUGUUUAAUAUAAAAGUUUAAAUUCUGCGCUAUUUUGAUUAGUAAUCCCGAUUAGGGGAUUAGAGUUUCAUAAGUAUUUUGGGUAGCGUUCCUGAUUAUUUAGGGCGUUACAAUUUGGUAUCAGAGCGCCAAGGUUUUUAAACUUCCUGUAGACCGGCUGAACAUGUACAUUCAUCGUCAGAGAUAAGCUCGACUCAUGGUGCAGUAAGUAUUGAGAGUAAAUACUUGACUGUAUGUGUGAUCAUCUGUUUACCGCUUUCCAUUUUAGGCAGUAUGCAAGCAUCUAAAGUAUGUAUGUGUUAUGUGAUGCCAUGCUUUAAAUGCUAUUUGAUUAAUAAAUAUUUGUAUGGGGUAAAUAGUUAAGUUAGGGUUUAAGGCAAUAAGUGCGUAAGUGUGGUAUUGGUGCUUAACUCGCUGGGGUUGUUGAUUACAUGGGUACUAGUAAUGGACCCUCCGCAAUCAUCUAGACCACAGGGCGAGCAAGUAGAGCCUGGGGCUACCCAAACCAAUCCACCGGCACCGCCUCCACCUCCGUAGGAUCCGGGGGAUAAUGCGGGGGUUGGUAAUGCUAAUCCUCCUGCUGAAUAGCAGCAGAUGUUUAAAGAAAUGCGAAGUGUCAUACUUCGUCAAGAAGAAGAGUUGCGAUGAUUAAGGCAACCGGCACUGGCUGCCCCUGUUGAUCAAGUGUUACCACCAGCACCUAUGCCAGUGGUGGGUAACCUAGGGUUUGUUAUGCCGCAUAGGGACUCGGUAUUUGAGCGGUUCGUGAAGCUGCAACCUCCGACUUUUCUGGGAGGUUUUGAUAUAAUUAAGGCCGAGCAGUGGAUGAGCACUAUUACCUGUAUCCUGGAUAAUAUGGGAGUGACGGGAACUGAAAGAGUGAACUGUGCAGCCUUCAUGUUACCAGAUCAUGCCCGCGUCUGGUGGGAUAUCGUGGGCCAAACCCGGGAUGUCAGUAUAAUGACCUGGGAAGAAUUUAAAAGUUUGUUUGAGGAAAAGUUUUACUACAUCGCUGUGAGAAGUUCACACAUGGAAGACUUUGUGAAGCUUACUCAGGGAAAGAUGUCAGUGGCCGAAUACACCCUGGAGUUUGAUCGGCUAUCUAAGUUUGCUGGUGAUCUGGUGCCCACAGAUUUCACUAGGAAACAGAAAUAUGUGAGAGGAUUGAAUGCCACAAUCAGUCGGGACUUGAAGAUUACCACGUCACAUGACGCUUUGUAUAAGAAAGUGGUAGAGCUAGCCUUGAUUGCUAAGGAGGCUGAGCAACAUGUAGCAAAAGAGCAGACUGCAAAGGAUGUCGUCACGGCAUCGAAUCCUCCUGCUAGUGGUAAUGAUUACCUAAUCAGAUGUGUGAUCGUGUUUGUCGAUGACAUCUUGGUGAAUUCUGGUUAUCUUGUGUCUCUUUCUUGGGGCACGUAG